AAACAAAAUCAAAUUGGGAUCGAAAGUAGGGGAAUUUAGGGUUUGACAAUCGACAUGGCUACAAAAUCAAGCGACGGCGAGAAAAAGGAGAUCGAGACGGAGCCAAUGGAAACUUCCCCCGGCGCUGAGUCUUCAUUGCUAGGAAAGCGCAAGUUGGAGGAAACACACGACCAGGAGGAUUCCGGUGAAGAGGAGGAAGUCGACGGAGAUGAAGAGGAGGAGGAAGAGGAAGAUAGUGAUUCGUGUUGGGAGAAGGAUAGUUUCGAUGGGCGGGAAUAUCAUCCCUCUGAUGACGGUGAGUACUCAGACGAGGAUCUUCAGGAAAAAGCACGUUACUACAAUCGCUUGGUCAUCGAAACCAAGGGUUUCUUUGAGUCAUCGAAUAAAAUCCCGUUGUACAGUUGGUCUGGAAUUGCUGUAGUCACGCAAAGGGAGCUUGAAAAGAAAAUAUAUGGAGGUAUCACCGGGCGUGAGUUCCUCGGGAACAUGGCAUGUGAAUGUGUUGAAAAACACAACCGAAGAAACAAUAAGAAUGUGAAGUUUGAGCAUGUAUUGAGAGCUAAUUUCGACCCAGGAGCCAAGACUAAGUACUACAUCACCUUUGCUGCAAGAGAAUCUGACUCUCCUGAUGCACCUCUCGUGGAGUAUCAAGCUAAGGUGGUUUGGUCUGCAGGCACUACUUAUCCCAUCUUUUGCAGACCCGCUCCACCUCCUCCUAUACAGCCACAUGGGGGGGAUUUAGAGUUUGACUCGAUAAUCAGUCAACAUUUCUACAACAUCAUAAUCAAGCGAUUGCGAAAAAGAAGAAAGAGGGAGCCCACAGAAACUUCCACCGACGUUGCCUCUUCUUUGCUGGAAGCGCAAGGUGUGAAAACUCACGACCCUGAGGAUUCUAUUGUGGACGGAGAUGAGGAGGAAUAG